AUGGACGCCGCUUCAUCCGCAGUCAACAGGCUUUUCGCCCCUAAAAGCCCAGCUCCCGAAAAGGAAACUAUCAACGAGACUUCCAAUUCUGAUCGUGAGGCAACACCCGCUGUCUCCACCCCCGGCGAAGAUGUAGACACAACUGUUUCUCAAAAGGUCGCCCCUGCUGUAGAGCACGAGCAUAUCAAAAAAGAACAUGAAACCCGCGAGCAAACCUUCGUCGAGAAAGAAACACACAAAGACCACUACCACACCACCGUCCAGCCUCUCAAAGACUCCGAAGUACGCCCCGAGAAGCAUGACCACGUUCAGGAGACAGAGCACCGCAGCUUCGACCACGAUGAUGAUACGGCCAAGGUUAAAGCAGAGGCAGAUCGAGCAGGCUUCGAAAGCACAAGCGAGAAGAAGCAGGUUGAAUCCACGACAAAGGAGCCAACAGCAAGUUUGAUGAUUGAAAUAACAUUGUCGAGGGGAUUUGCUGACAUGAUACAAAUAGAGGUCAUUGUUCCAUCUGUUACUCAUAAGAAGGUUAAUAUCAAGGAGACUCACCAAGAACCAUCGGAGCACCACGGUGUAACUACGAAGUCCGCCAUCUCAGUUGAUGACUUCAAGAAUAAGUUGGAAGGCGAGGAUACAUCGAAAGUUGUUAAG